AUGGCUACCGUCCCGUCUUCCUCUCCGACAUCUGUCUUCCCAUCUCUUCGGCGCAAAUCAAUAAGUAAAGCGGCAAAUGCAGAAGCGAAACAGAAACGAGAAAACGCCGUGCGAGAAGCGAAACAAUACGUUCGAGAUGUAGUCCGUACCGACUGGUCGUUUGAGCCGCCUUCGAAUCUGUGGACGGUCUCGUCGUAUGCGGAUUUGCCGAUGCCAGCUGUAGCUGCUCCCGCUGCUUCUGUAGUCGCGCAGACACCAACGGAAGCGCAACCCGCGAUUGAGUUGCACCAACCAAACAUCGCGCAAUGGCGUAUUCGGGAACCUGCAAGCUCCGAAUCGGAUUCUGAUCUUGAUCCGGCAUUGCGCAGAGCGAUUGAAAGUCACAAGAGUCGAAAGGGAGAUCCGUACCGCUUUGAGAGUCCGGAUGCUAUCAAGACUUCGGUGCUGGAGCGGGGUCGAAGACGUCGAGCAGAUUUGGAGCAGGAGAUGUUGUGGAAUCCGGGACUGCGAUUCUAUGUGGAGAGACGAGAUGCAUGGACUGGGGCUAGGAAGCGGCGGGAUGUUGAGCAGGGAACGACCAAGCGGCGGCGGGCGUUGAUCAAUAUUCUAUCGAGAGAGCGGAGCAAUUCGAAAGCUGUUGAUUUGAGCGGAAAUGCGGACGAGAAGGUUGGAUCAUUGCAAGAUUCGACUUCAUCGGAACAGCAGUCGAGAGACUUGCUUGAAGAUCUGAGUCUGUCAGAAAAGAAGUCGAGAGACACCCCUUCAACAACCGACAACAACACUUCAAAUGAAGACUAUGGCCUGGACGGCAGCACCGGCGACGACGGAGACAUCGAAGAUUCCGACGAUGACCGUAGUUUCGACUCUGACGAAUCCAUAAUCCCGGUCAUGGAUUCCUUCAUAGACACUUCCAACCCCGUCAGAUCGUCCAUAUCACCAACUUUGUACCCCUCAUUGUAUAGCAAAGUGAUUGUCCAAGGUCUCACACCUACAAUCCCCAUCAACUUAGCAGACGUCACAAAAGCGCUAGUCGCAGGAUGGAAAGCCGAUGGUCAAUGGCCACCGAAACCCACCGUUCCGCCUCCCGGGUCUGACGUCCCUGCUCGGAAGAAGGGUACCAAAGCACAAUCAUCCACCAAGAACGACGAGGCUACAGCAUCUGGCGUUGUUGGACGACCUACUCAUGGUCGAAAAACGAGUUUCAGUAAUCAAGCGACCAGUGCUGUGAAAAAGGUGCUGGGGUUAUCAACCCACUCAUUCCAUUUACGACGAUCAAGUCGCAGUUCGGCUAAUUGCGACGGUUUCGCGGAUCGAUCGUCGAUAGCGGAUUCAGUUCCGACUGAUGUGCUGAUGGUGGAGGAGGAGCAGGAGCAUGGGAUGAAGCAUCAUCCUUUUGGCUGUUAA